ACUGCCCCAUGCCUUCUCUUCUCUGUCUCCCCAAUCCAGUCCAAUCACCCGCGCCCUCCUCCCCCUGCAAUCGGCAACACAACCCCAGUUUUUCAAAAAUGAAAAGAAAGAAUUCUUCUUUUCCUCCUAUUUUCUCACCUUUGAUCCAUUGACUUCCUUCGUAAAUGCACUACAAUGGCGGAAGUAAGGAAGGUGACCAUGAAUUGGGACGAAUUGGGAGAAGAGGAUGAUGACGAUCGCUUCUUCGAGACCUUUGAUCGGAUCUCUUCAGCUGUCCCCAUAGAUUUGGCCUCUUCUGGGUCGGACGAUGAUGAUGAAGACUUCGACGACAGCCGCAUGUCAUUUGCCUCUGCCAUAUCAUCGGCUCCCAGUGAGAACUUCCGGCGCAGCUUGGCAGCAGUUGCUGCAUCGGCUUCCAUGCCUGAAGAUUACAAUGUGUGGAUGGCAGAACCCGGAUCAAUCAAGGAACGUCGCAGGCGACUCCUUCAAGGGAUGGGACUGUCAUGCGACAAGGAGUUUCUCAGGCUCACCAGCGCAGAGUUCACAAGAACUGUCUCAACAAAGGUUGGAAAUUGUAAGGUUUCAUCACUGGUACUAGCUUCAUCUCCUAAGAAAGAAUCCAAACAAGAGCCUUCUCCUCCCUCGUUUACGCCAAUCAUGCUUGUUCGAUCAAGAUCAGAUGGGGACAUAGAAUCUUUCUAUGGAGAUGCGGAACGGAAGAGACAACUUAUUGGUGAGGUCUCAAAACAGCGUCUCACUAGAACAUUUUCAACAUCGUCACCAUGUUCUCGAAUGUGCCGUUUAAAAGCAAAUUCCAUUAGAAUGUCACAAAAAGAUGGUGGGGGCAAAUCUUCAAUGCGCAAAGGUCAUGGAUUGUCCUCUCUGUUCUCAAAUAAGCAGUUUGGUGCUUUCUUCUUGAUAAAGAACUUGGACACGGGCAAAGAGUUCAUUGUCAAUGAAUUCGAUCAGCAUGGAAUGUGGAACAGGCUCAGUGAUCUUCAGACUGGGAAACAGCUCACCAUGGAAGAAUUCGAGAAGUGCGUUGGCUAUUCCCCUGUUGUUAAGGAGCUGAUGAGACGGGAAAAUGUUUCGAGAAAUCCUGAUGAUGGGUGUAGUGAGAGGAAAGUCACUGCAAAUUCAUAUCUCACUAAGAGCUUCAGAUACAGCAAAAGACGAGGAGUUGCUUUGUUGAAGAACAUAAAGGGUGUUGCAAAUUCUAUGAGCGGAUUGAUAGCUGACAAAGACAGGGAACAUGCAUCUGCAACUGCAGUGGAGCAGAAACCCAGCAAGAACAACUCCUCCACAUGGACGAAAGUUCGACAGCAUGGGAAAUCUCUCAAGGAACUCACUGCUUUGCAUUUGUGUCAAGAAAUCCAGGCUCAUCAGGGUUCAAUUUGGACCAUUAGAUUCAGCACAGAUGCCCGUUACCUUGCCAGUGCAGGAGAAGAUAGGAUAAUACAUGUUUGGGAAGUACAGGAAUGUGAAGUAAUGUCAUUGAAACUAUCGGACGAAGUGAAUUCAACCCAUUCCUCCCCCCUUCAUCCCAUGGCCUGCAGUAGCCCAGAUCGAUCUGGUCUUGCAGAGUCUUUGCUAAUACCACCACAUAAGAAGAAAAAAGGGAAGGUUUCCUCGGCAAGCAGAAAAGGGAGUUCAAUUCCUUAUUAUGUUUAUAUGCCAGAGACCAUAUUUUCACUCUCGGAAAAACCUGCAUGCUCUUUCAAAGGUCAUCUGGACGAUGUCUUGGACCUGUCUUGGUCCAAAUCUCAGUUACUGCUUUCAUCGUCAAUGGACAAGACCGUUAGGCUAUGGGAUAUGGAAACCAAGAGCUGUUUAAAGUUAUUUGCCCAUAAUGAUUACGUAACUUGCAUACAGUUCAAUCCAGUAGAUGAUAGAUAUUUCAUCAGUGGCUCACUUGAUGCAAAGGUUCGGAUAUGGAGCAUACCUGAUCGGCAAGUUGUUGAUUGGACUGAUCUUCAUGAAAUGGUCACCGCUGCUUGCUACACACCAGAUGGACAGGGUGCCCUAAUCGGUUCACAUAAAGGAAAUUGCCGCUCAUACAGGACAGCCGAUUGCAAACUCAGCCAAAUAGGACAGUUUGAUAUCCAAAACAAGAAGAAGUCUCAGGCGAAAAAGAUUACCGGCUUUCAGUUUUCCCCAGAGAAUCCUUCUGAAGUGCUUAUCACUUCUGCUGAUUCUCGGAUCCGAAUUUAUGAUGGUUCAGACCUCGUACAUAAGUUCAGAGGUUUCCGAAAUACUAGCAGUCAAAUUUCAGCUUCAUUCAGUCCAAACGGAAAAUAUGUCAUAUGUGCAAGUGAAGAUUCUCAAGUAUUCGUUUGGAGGCGCGAAGAGCUAAAGAACGUAAGCACAGGAAAAGGCAAAGGUUCAGUCAAUACCCGAUCUCAUGAACACUUUCAGUGUAGAGACGUUUCUGUUGCAAUCCCAUGGCCUGGUAGUGUAAAAGGUGAGCAACCAACAAUGUUGGUGCAAUCUAAAAGGUACACAAAACGCCCCAUUCAACAGCCACCUUCCUCCAAUGGAUCUCCAACCUUAGAAGAUAGCUCUUUGAGCACACAAAGUAAGAGACAGUUACCACCACUUCCCAAGAAAAACACCAUGUCAGAGAAAUCUUCAACUUGCCAGGAGGAGGAGCUCUCUCAAACUUCAAGUGUAGACCCAGGGAUUGGAAUUGGUGAGUCUUUCAGUUCAGCUUCUGGUUCAUCUAGGUAUGGAUACUCACCUUCCAUUUCUGCUUCGUCCAACUCCCCAUCUGCAUCCUGGUCAUCCUCUUGGUAUUUAUUUGAUGGUAGUAAUAUCCAUGGAAGCCAUACUGCCCAAGCAACAGCAUGGGGCAUGGUGAUUGUAACAGCUGGCCUGGGAGGUGAGAUUAAGGCUUACCAAAAUUUUGGACUGCCAGUUAGGAUUGGCCGCCAGCCCCAUAUCCUCAGGGAUCUCGCAUAAACAGUUUCGUUUUAGUAAAGAUGGAAAAGUUUUGUCAUAGAGCAGGAGCUGAGAACAGUUACACACAACUCUUUUGAUUGAGACUGAAAUCUGGAACUGUGAAAAGGUGACACUAAUAGGUUCUAUUUAGUUGAUCUUGAAUGUGAAUAGCCCAGUUUGCUCGCCAAAUUUCUUGUAAAUCAUAGCCCAACAGGAUAGAGAUAUGUUCAUUUGUUUGUCCAAAAGCAAAUGUGCUUCGGGCACUUCUAACCAAACAUUGGUCCAUGACACAAAAUUUAUCAUGAUGCUUCUGAAUACCUUG